CCUCCUCUCUCCUUGUUGUCAUCCAUUUCUCCUUAAAACCUGAAAACCCCUGAAUAAUCAUAAUUGCCCACGAAUUAGGCACAAAUAACAUAACAAACCUGUUCAUUGCUGCAUCUUUCUGGUGGUGCCAAGCGUCUCUUUCACAGACACACACACCCACACAGACCCACAACAACUUUAAACAACAACUGCAUUCAGCAAGUUUUGCAUAUUACUCUUCUUGGCUCUUGCUGCCCUCCUGUUUAUUUUGACUACCAAACUUUGUAUAUAAACCAAACUUUGUGGUCCAUUUGCCGCAGUUGUAACUUUGACUUGUUCUGUGCUAGACUCACUCAAGCCAAGAAACUCUAUUUCCAUUUGUCAACCAUAGUAGGAGAUUCGUGCCCAGAAAGAUUUUGCCAGCUUCUCAGUCUUUUGUUAUCUUCAUAGAAGAUUAAGCUCGAUUUUUUUGGAGUUAAGCAUUAACCACACACGAGAAGACCUCACCCUCUGACGAUACGAAGACGUUUACAGUGAUUCUCAGGAUGAUGUCCCUUUUGCCUUGGUCCAUAUCAAUCUUCGUCACUCUCACUUCUGUCUCAGUCACUUUGGCGUCCUUCGCUCUCCAGCCGGCCACAGUUCACCCAAGUCGCCCAGAUACCUGUUUCAACAAAGAUACAAAUUCCUUUUACGAGGAUGGAGAUUCUUGGCACAUUUCAGGAUGUGCUAUGGCGAGCUGUAUGAAAAUUGGCCAGCCGUCGGGCAAAUCACAAAUGAUGAUCUCAUACGAAGGGUGUGGGUCCGUUGGGUAUGAGCCACCAUGUUACAUUGAGGAAGACAAACAAGCCGAGUUUCCCGAUUGUUGUCCACAAAUUACUUGCCCAGACUCGAGCGAAAAUAAAGAUUACAACUCCAUGGAGGAAGUAAACAAUGAGCUGGAUACGGAUGGACGAAAAAAUGAGACGGUAAAAACGGAAAGUUUAAUGGAAAAGCAGCCUUCCCACAACGAUUACUAUGAGGAUGCCUCCCAGAACAAAGCAAGACAAUGGCGAAACGUGAACAGCGGGGUGUGGCUCCAGUCCAUAGAGUCGGACGAUGAUUUAGACUCGUCAGACUUCCAGAACAACCAAGUGGAACAAGAAGAACAGCCACGUAAAGUGUCGCCAAAGUUCUGGUACUGGUUCUGAAUACCUGUUGUUAACAUUACCUGCACAACCACCUCUGUCGUACCUACAGAUAAAAUUAUUACCUGACCAAACCAGUACUUUCUGGUGUGUAUAAUUUUUAAGAAGUUUUGACUCGAUGUUUUAUUAGCUUAUUAUUACUGCGCGAGAUGGAAGGAUGAUAAUACAUAUCAUUUCCAACGCGCGUCUCGUCUUGUGAUUUCCUGCAAUUCAGUUAGAUCUUGUGUAAAUACGUGUAAUAAGAUAUGGUAGUUAAGUAGUAGUUAUGCCUUAUUAUAGCACACGCUGAUAUUACCUACUACUAAUUGUUGUAAGGAUGCAAAUAUCUGUCUGUAUGCUUCAUCAAGUCAAAGAAUGCUCGCAUAUUGUAUUAAGUAUUUCCAUUAUUAUUGUUAUUGCUACAAUGUGUUGCUGCUUUUGUUUAUGGGUGUUGAACGACGGACGGUGAGUCUGUCGGUGUAAUUAAUUAGUACAUGUUAAGUGUCUGCUAAAAGAGAAUUUUAAAUGAAGUUUGGUGGUGUGUCCUGUUGUACUUACUACCGCAAGACAGCCAAAGAUGAAGAGAUUGAAUAAAUACCUUGCUGUUGUUGUUGUUUACCAAGAUA